AUGUCCGCCCCGCGCCCGGGCCACGUCAGCCGCGGCGGGGAGCGGCGGAGGCGGCCGCCAGGCUCCGCCCCGGCCCGGCCCGAGCUGCGGCCGGAGCGGCCUCACCGGAGCUCGGCCAUGGGGGCCGGAGCGCGGAGCUCCCCGGGGUGCGUGCGGCACCGUGUCCGGUACCCGCGGUGUGCGGUGCCCGGCCCCGCUGCCGGUGACGCUCCGCGUCCCUGCGGUGACUCAGUUGCCCUGGGCAAGCGCCGGGAACGGUGGGACUACAAUUCCCGGCGUGCUCCGCGGCAGCGGGAGGACUACAACUCCCAGCAUGCCCCACGGCGGCAGCGGGAGGACUACAGGUCCCAGCAUGCCCCACGGCGGCAGCGGAACUACGAGUCCCAGAAUGCCCUGCGGUACCCGGUGCGGCGGCAGGCAGCAGCCGUGGCCGAGCUGGUUUCACCGAGAGCAGGCCGCAGCCCGGCCCCGCCGCCGCGGGCCCCGCUCAGGAGGGCCUCCGGUGGCGGCGGGCGGAGCGGCGCUGCCGGCUUCAAGUCACCGAUCCCAUCUCCAAGGCCCUGCCAACCUAACAGAGAUAACAACGAAUCCCUCCAGUAUGAAAUCGAAGAGCUGAAGCAGAAGGACCUUGCUCUGGACCAGGAAAUUGCACAAUUAUUAUCCGAAGGCUACAGCCUGGAGGAACUGGAGAAGCACAUCUCUCUGCUCCAUGAGUAUAACGAUAUUAAAGAUGCUGGGCAGAUGCUGCUGGGCAAACUGGCUGUUAUCCGAGGGGUUACUACAAAGCAGCUGUACCCUGAGUAUGAUCUGGAGCUUAGUGACUAGUAUUGAACCUCAAGACUGCCACGUCCUGCAGAAAUGACUGUUACUGAGCUCUUAUGCUUUGUUGUAUUGGUUUAGAACAGACAUAAGGUGGCCUUGGAAGUAUGUAUGUAGAGUUGCAACAGAGUAUGGGUUAACAGCAUUCCUUCCAAGAAGCAUUGGAACAUGAAAGUUGUUGAAUAUAUCAGCUGUUUCCUGCUUGUGGGAAAGGGAUGUAGGGCUUUGGGUAAGUUGUCUACUGCCUGAUUAACAGUAUUUCUUUAUGGAGAAGGUUGUCAUUCCAGGUGGUUAUGUUAAGACUAUUCCCAUGAAGUCUUUGCUUCUCUACUGCAUCCAGCAGCUAUUUGGUUACCGGAAGUAUAGGGGAAGUGAGGGCACACAUGUGCAAUGUAAUAGUUGCUUUGAAAGACAAGAGAAAGCCCUCAGAAGUAGGAAGAAUUCUGAUGUGGUUUGGUUUAUGAUCCAAUCUGGGUAACUCUGGGUGUUCUGUAUUAUUUACUCUGGUAUCUAGAGGUUCUGUAUCAUUUCUGUAGCAAAUGGCAAAAUGUGAAGUUGUGUUGAACUGUCUGAAUAAAGCAGCUAUCACAUUCCUCAGUAA